AUGCGAGCGACAACAUUUUCCGUCCUUGCCACCCUGGGAGCCCUUGCGCUGGCGCAGGACUUGGCUGGACUUCCGACCUGUGCACAAACUGCAGCAUUGAAUGGAGCGACAGGCUCGGGAUGCAGCUUGACUGAUGCUCAGUGUCUCUGCACCAAUACCGGCUUCAUCACAUCCCUGCGAGGCGCAAUCGCCAGCAGCUGCACUAGCGUUGCUGAUCAACAAGCCGCAUGUGCCUGGGGUAACUCAGCCUGCUCCCAAUACGGCGUCACUAUCCCCUGCGGUACCACAGAAGCACUCCCUGCCAAUGACGUUGCCGCCCCUCCAGCAGAUACAGACGCUUCUACACCUGUCACAGUAGAUGCUGGCGUCGCAACUCCAGUCACCACCACCCCUAGUAUGGACGGUAUUGCCGCCAGCACAACUCCAGUAACGAGCAUCAGCAUGCCGGCUGAUGGCAGCAUGGACACCAUGACGAGUGGCAGCAUGAUGUCCUCUGUCUCCACGAUCCCCGCCGCGAGCAUGUCCUCGUUGAUGAACAGCACGCACAGCAUGAUGGGAAACAUGACACAUUCUCCGACUAGCACACCACCGACGAGCACGACUGGAAGUGUGACGGCGAAGUAUACUGGUGCUGGGAACUCUGCUACUAGACAAUCGGGUAUUGUUGGGGUGGUUGUUGGUGUUGCUUUGCUUUUUGCUUUCAUCUAA